CAGACAUGUUCAUCUACCUCCUGGGCUCGGUUGUUCUCUACUACCUGUUCCGCUGGGUCAGGGAGAUGCCCAGGGUGCCGGACAAGGGGAAGAAGCACGUGUACAUCACGGGCUGCGACAGCGGCUUCGGCAACCUCCUGGCCCGGCACCUGGACCAGCAGGGGUUCCGAGUGAUCGCGGCAUGUUUCACGGAGAAAGGCGAGGAAGAUCUGAGAAAAUCCUGCUCCAGCAGUCUGACCACGGCACACCUGGACGUUACCUCCAAGGACAGCGUUUCUAAAGUGGCAGCCGUUAUUAAGGACAAAGUGGGCGAGCAAGGUCUCUGGGCUGUUGUGAACAAUGCCGGCGUGGCCGUUCCCUCCGGCCCCUGCGACUGGCACACCGUAGACGACUACAAGUCCAUGCUGGACGUGAACCUGAACGGAGUGAUCGGGGUGACCCUGAGCGUCCUGCCGCUGAUAAAGAAGGCCAGAGGACGAGUGGUGAACGUAGCCAGCGUGUUCGGGAGGAUCAGCAUCACCGGCGGGCCCUACUGCGUCUCAAAGUACGGCGUGGAGGCCUUCAACGACAGCCUCAGGUUAGGAAUGGCUCCUUUCGGGGUCAAGGUCCUCUGCAUCGAGCCCGGCUUCUUCAAAACCAACGUGACCGACAGUGGCGUCCACACUAAAAGCGUGACCAUGCUGUGGGAGAGGCUUCCCCAGGAGGUCAGAGAUGACUACGGGACUGAGUAUCUUCAAAAGGCGAUAGCGGAGGUGAGAGACAAAGUCCCCAAGAUGAGCGACGGAGACCUGAUGAAGGUGGUCCACUGCAUGGAGCACGCCGUGUCGGCCGUGUGGCCCCGCAAGCGCUACUCCCCGGGCUGGGACGCCAAGCUCUUCUGGCUGCCGCUGUCCUACAUGCCCACCUGCGUCACCGACUCCCUCAUCCUAAAGGGGGCCAUCCCAAUUGCCAAAAAGAUCCAAUGAGAUCUGGUCCUUCAUAUAUCAGGGGACAAUACAGUUUUUAAAUCAUU